AUGAAAGUACUGGAGUUUGCUUCUAAUAAUGCUAAAACUGCUAAAAAUCCUGGAACUGACACUGGUAUUUUGGAUUUGAGCGUCGUGUUGAGUCUGGCAGCUAUCUCUCUGGCCGAUCCGUCACAGCCUGCCUACGGAUACUCUCCCCCUCCCUCUUACCAGUCUCCAGCUCAUUACAACUUCGACUGGGUCGUGAAGGACGACUACUCCACCAACGACUACGGCCACCAGGAGUCCCGCGAUGGAUACAACACACAGGGAUCCUACUACGUGCAGCUUCCCGACGGUCGCCUGCAGAAGGUCACCUACCACGUGGACGGCGACUCAGGCUACGUGGCCGAGGUCAGCUACGAGGGACAGGCUCACUACCAAGCCCACCAACCUUCCUACCAUCCUACACCUUCCUACCACCCUACACCUGCAUACCAGCCUACCCCUUCAUACCACACCACUCCUUCAUACCAUCCUACACCUUCAUACAGGCCGAGACCUCAUCACUAAGCAGAUAAACUCGAAACAAACUAAAACACAUUUGUAAAGUAUUUAUACAUAUAUAUUUUGUACCUUCACACAAUUAAAUGGAUAUAUAUUAAUACUUAAUUGCUACCAUUAAAUGAAUAUGCCAA